AUGGAUUUCAUCUACCCUUUAGACGAUGUAGCAGAGCUCCACCGACUCCAGCAGCAGGCGAAAGAGGACGUACGAACCUCCCCAAACCCUCGAGUUGUCACAUCACCUCUCCUUCUAAGUCAAUUUCUGGGGUCUCAAAUACCGGAGCUUGAUUCAAACCAUCGAUGCUCAAAUCAUGAGAUGUUACUAGUUAUAACUCAGUCAUCUGAGGGAGGACCUGCUAAGUUCAUCUCUACGUUUUGUGGACGAUGCCAUUACCAUUUCCACAUAAUGAGUGAUUCGAGACAUGUACAGCCGUAUUCUAAUGAUACGCAUCGUCUUCAUAUGCUUGUUCCUUGCGGUCAGGAUUCUACACAUGAUUCCGGAGUAAACCGAACAGGUUAUGAUGAUGCUAUCGGAAACGUUCGAUAUAUUUGCGCCGCCGAUGGCUGUUUUUUCAACAUCAAAAUAUCCUCUAUACCAGAAAGGAUUUCUGAGGAGGAGAUGACAAAGCUUGACGACAAGAACCGAAUCGCCCACAAUUUCGCACAGGCCCAGGCUAACGACCCGGAACGUUAUGAGAAGUUCGGCGAUAUUUCGACCCUUAAACCCAGGUCCAUACUUCAGAAAUACCUCGCUGAUGGACUCGACCGAGAUAGUCAGCAACCCAGAUUAAGGGUUAACAAGCGUAACAAGAAGUUUCUCGUAUGUAUGGGCAAUGACUUCGAUAACUUGUUGAAAUUUCUGGGAUUCUGCGAGGGUGUAGACGCUGAAAGUGAUGAACCAUGUUGGUUCAUCGUUCAUCCUGAACCCAAACAGGGACUGACCCGUGUCCGAACCUUACGAGCUCGCAUGGAGGAUGCGAUGGCAGAGCUUGGGCUUGUUAAUGGGGUGUCGAUGAACCCGGCCUGGGAUUCACUCUUGAAUGCUUUUCAGGGGAGUUAUCAAAGCGUUCCGCUUGAUUUCAACGCCGUGGAUCCAAUUCCAGACGCAGAAUUUGCUCUGUUAGGGUGCUUAGCGGGCUACCCACCUCGCUCUUUUGCUUGGGCCGCUAUUUUCCUAGCUCAACUACGACCUAAAGACCGGGACAAGUACUUAGAUACCGCUCUACGUUGUAUUAAAGAGAGAAGUGAUGAUGCAUCCACCGAAAUCAUCAUGUAUAGAUCUCGAUUCGACGAGACAGUCCUUAACGAUAGGAUAGUAGAAGAGGCGUUCACAUUCUUCGCAGCUUCUCCUGAAGACGGCCUAAAGCCAGAAUGGUUCUUAGAGAGGUACUAUGAGAUGGUCGCAGGGCACAAUACCGAUAAAUUUAGAGCCGAAGCUCAACAGCACCUUGAAGCGAUCGGCAAUCACCUAGGGAGAGAUAUUGUGAGCGAAAUCAAUCCGAGAGCCCUAGAAAAUGUGGGAGACAUGGGUCUUAUAAUAUCCUCACCUAACGGCGGAAGGAUGGAUAUUGCAUCAGCGACGAAGUUACUAGGUGUCGAGUCUAAUUGGACGGCGGAGAUCAUCCGCGGUUUCGUAGGAAAUUUGGCUAACGACCCGAAGACCGACCGAAACAAACUUGUUGAGGCUAUCGACGUUUUAUCCGAAUUCAAGCGCCAAAAUAAUGAACCAGAAGAAGCAGCAGAGUUACAAAACAUCGCUCAAUUCGUGAAAGAAAGCGGAUACGUUCCGACGCUUGUUUCCCAGCCUCAUUCGUCACCGCAACCCACAGGCUCUGUCAAUACGCCCCCAGGUCUGAAGAACAUCGGCAAUACUUGCUACUUAAACAGUCUUCUACAAUACUUUUACAAUGUGAAAGUAGUACGCGAUUUGGUACUUAACUUUGAUGAUUUCAAACUUGAGCUUGACGAAGAGAUCGUCGCACAACGAAAAACAGGCGGGAAUGGCACUAGUGUAAAUCUAGAGGAAGCCAUCGUGGCUCGACAAUUUGUCGAGAUGCUUCAGGGUUUAUUCGCCGAUCUACAGACAACUACCAAUACUGCGGCUCAACCUUCGCAGAAGCUUGCUAACACCGCACUGUCGUCGGCUAGAGAUAUCCUAGAUCAACAAUCUAAUACCAUCCCUCCACCGUUGCCGGCACGCCCGUCGCCAGCACCACUGCUCCCCUCAAGAGAAAAUGACGAUGCUAUGAAAGGCGUAACGAAUGACGCGAUUCGAGUCUCCGUCGAAUCAGUUAAUGAUAAACAUGAAUUGGCUAGUUCCCAAAGUUCCCACACGCUGGUUGAUGAGGUUGAAGACACUCGAUCAGUGACAUACGAUCCGUCGAAAACGCCAAACGAUGGCGAUGUGAAGAUGCAUGACUAUCCCGAGUCCUUAGCUCUUGACGAUAAGAUUGCCGAGGUCUCCCGCCGUCUGGAACACUCAGAUCGUUCAGGUACAUCACAACAAGAUGUCGGAGAAAUCAUCGGCAAUAUCCUCGAACAUAUCAUGCGUGCGAUCCGUUCAGAUGGCCCAAUGCCUGAAAAGCCCGAGCUCCAAGCAGACAAAAUCACGCAGACGUUCUUCACUACGAUUGUGAAUUACACCAUCAAGACUAAGAAGGGAUAUCCAGCCAGUAACCCGGCCUCCUACCUUGAAGAGUCUCCACUAAAUAUCGAGAUUGUCCCGGAGCGUUGGAUCACAGCCUAUCCUGAAGAGGCGGACCAACCCUCGGACGGCCCUAGCACUAGCUUUGCUGGACCAACAGAUGUCCGAUGUACUUUGACCGCAGCUUUGGAUCGAUACUUCUCUUACGAACCAAUCGAUGAAGAGAAACGCGCGCGAUACAGUAGCAUUAGAUCCCUGCCACCUAUUGUUCAUAUCUGUAUCCAGCGAAGCACACCUAAGGGCAAGAACAAAAACCCGGUUAUUAUCCCGGAGAUCUUGUAUCUCGACCGCUAUAUGGAAGCUGGAAAGGAUUCGGCCGUGUGGAACGCCCGUAAGCGAGCAUGGGCACUCAAGGAACGCCUUAAAGAAUUGAGAGCCACAACCUCUAAGGUCAUUCUACCUCCGAUCCAGUCCAUCACAGAAUCCGAGGAAUUCAAGAACGCGGAAGUUGAAGAUUUGGCUACUAUGACCUCAGCAGCUGUUGGUAAUGCCGCAGAAGAAGCUGGUCUACAGGAAGCGUUCCUCGACGACAUGGGAUCGGAUAAGAAGCGAAAGCUAGCUGAGCCAUUUGAAUCCUCACUUCUAAAGAAGAUAGCUACCCCGGCCUCGUCGGUUAGCUUCCCACUCAGCGAUAAGUUCGGUGAUCUUGUCUGGGAUAUUAGUAAGCCUCUAAACGAGAUGACUGAGAAGGAAGUUACCGACCUGAACCAAAAGGAGGAAACCAUAUUCGGCGCAAUGAACAAGGAAAAAUACAAUAUUCACGCCGUGAUCUGCCAUCGCGGUGGCACGGCCGCUGGUCAUUACUGGGUCUGGAUCCGAGACUUUCAACGUAAUGUGUGGUAUCGAUAUAACGAUGAGACAGUGACGGAAGACGGUCGCGAUACAGAUGCCGUUCUGAAGGACCUAAACGAGACCGGCGAUCCUUAUUACGUCGCAUACGUCCGAGACGAACUAAAAGAGGAUCUGGUGGAUGUGCCUCAGCGCCACAAACGUGAGCCUGAGGGUUCUCCGACUGGUGGCGAGGAGGUGGAGAUGAUCGAGGGCGUAACGGUAGAGGAGACGCAACCCCCCCUCACAAACGGACACCUAUCAAACUAAGUUGGUGAUGAUGCUGACCGGUUUUGGAAGGCUUU